CACCAGAGAACUGGGCGAGUCCGGUGAAAGCCGAACAGCCGUGCAAGUCGAAUCUCUGUAAAAUGAUGAAACUGCGCUGCAUGAAGAACGAUGAAUUUUAUGCCGAUCUCUGAAUAUAUUUGAAAACUUCCUUCAAAGAUAGUUGUAUAAGGUUGCUUAUACCAUCUCAAGGAACAGAGGAAGAGGACGCAGAUUGAGCAGCCAGCAAGCCAGCCAGCAGACAGACAUCGUAAGGAGAGCAGAAGGGGACCUACAGUCCUGCGUGGUGGAGAUAAGGUUCCAAGACUAAUAGCAGAGCUGACUGUGAGAGGCUCCACAUUUCAUUUCACCUUCCUUUAACCAGAAAAGGCCCUUGAGGUUUGAAACUCCGUUCCAGUGGGCCGUCAUGGGGAAACAGAACAGCAAACUGCGGCCUGAAGUGCUGAACGACCUGCGCGAAAACACAGAGUUUUCCGACCAUGAGCUCCAGGAGUGGUACCGAGGCUUCCUCAAAGACUGCCCAACGGGCCACCUGACAGUCGAAGAGUUCAAAAAGAUCUACGCCAACUUCUUCCCGUAUGGCGACGCUUCCAAGUUUGCUGAGCACGUCUUCCGGACAUUCGACACCAACGGCGAUGCCACCAUCGACUUCCGGGAAUUCAUCAUCGCGCUGAGUGUCACAUCGCGCGGCGGCCUGGAGCAGAAGCUGCGCUGGGCCUUCAGCAUGUAUGACCUGGAUGGGAAUGGCUACAUCAGCCGGGCUGAGAUGCUGGAGAUCGUACAGGCGAUUUACAAGAUGGUGUCCUCAGUGAUGAAGAUGCCAGAAGAUGAGUCGACACCGGAGAAACGGACAGAUAAGAUCUUCAGACAGAUGGAUGUAGACAAUGAUGGCAAACUCUCUCUGGAGGAGUUCAUCAAAGGUGCCAAGAGUGACCCUUCCAUCGUCCGGCUCCUGCAAUCUGACCAGGGAACCUCUCGCUAGUUAUGAAGACAAAUGGACAACCACACACAGUCCCGAACACAGGAAAGCGGACAGAUGGACCCUGUAUCAUCCCCCAUCCAACACAUACAACCACACAGUUCACACAAGAAAGAGGUUCAGUUGUCAUUACAACACUAAUACCUUAUUCCAUGUAUUAUUGUUUACAUUAGCAGUAGUUCCCUAGCCUGAUCCCAGAUCUGUUUGUGCUUUCUUGUCAACUCCAUGCAAACAGAUCUGAGACCAAACUAGCAGUUUCCCAUAUGCCAAUGCAGCGGUCUGAAAAAUGCUUCCUACAGCGAAUAAUGUUUUCCGUUAUGAAACAUCCCAUUCUGCAUCCACAGUACCACUGAUAAGACUCUUACAUUUCCUUGCAAAUGUUUAAAUGCUUAUGGUUUUAUUUUUACUUGCCUUACUUCAGUCAAAGUGAAGUGCUUAAUAAUCUUAAUAUUUGUACUGAAUGUAUUACACUUGUAUGUAUUAUGGACGUGUUACGGUAAGAAGAAAUCAACUAAAACUAAUAUUUUGUAUAUUAACCAUCCUGAGUCUUAUUGUAAUAUUAGCUAGGAACAAGAGUUUUUCACAAUGUACAGGUAUUUCAACAAUUUACUUUUUUUAUUGCCCCCAACUGUACAGGCAGUUCCAGUGUACUAAAACCAGUAUCUUGUCAUCUUUUGCAGUCACUGGUUUGUUUAACUCCAAAGGAUAAACUAAUUUCCAAUAAGGAAACCCUGGGGAUACGCACCCUGAAGACUACACUGCAAAUGUGUGCGUUCCCUUAGCGUUGUUUUUAAGCUUGCUCCACCAGAAGCAUCAGAAGAGGGAAAAAAAACAUAAGCAACUAUCAGUUGUUCACUUCUCAGACACACAUCUUUGUGCUAGAAGUAGACUUGUACUGUAAAGAGAUUAUGCAACACAAGCCUCGGUGAAAUGCUGCUUCUAUGGUUUCUGUAGCUAGCGUGUCCAUUACAGGCGACUAAAGUCCGAAAAACAUAUGCAACCUUUGCAGUCUAGUUUCAGGGUUAGAGAUUCACUACGGCCAUGGCUGUGAAUGACCUCUAUCCCUGUGGAGUUAAACAAACCAGUAUCUGCAAAAGAUGGUUUUAAUACACUGGAACUACCAGUACAGUUGGGGGCCAUAAAAAAAUAUUUUUCAAAAUACCUGUGCUACAGCAAUGGUACAUUGUUAAAGUGAGAAACUCAAUUAUUUUGUGUUCCUAGCUAAAAAUAUAUUGACAGUGAAGCUGGUCAAUUCCCAACACAGAAUACACAUACAUAAAUAAUGAUGAAACAGUAUUCUCUUUUUAUUUUGUAACAAAAAUGUAAUUUUGUUUUCACACAAUCUAAAUAAAGUUUUGUAAGAAAAACAAGAAGUCCCGCGGUAUUGCCCUUUGUCCUGCACAGUCACCGACAGAAUAAAAUAAAAAUACGACAACUAAAUCCCCCAAAUAUAUAUAUAUAGUCACAUCAGGCCGGGCAUGAAAGUGAAAUCGAAUACAACCAUGUCUGAUUAGCUUGACGUCAGAGUGGCGAAACAAGGAAGAGGGGACGGUUGCAGAAAGGAAUGUUCCAACUGGACAGCCAUAUCCAGAAAACCCUCAA